GGAAGUGGGGCCUUUAUAGCGCCGUCCCUGCCGCCGGCCCGGGCUCCCUUUUCGCCAGCCCGCGGCGGGACAGCCUCCCAAGAUGGCGGCCGAGGCGGAGUACGAGUCCAUCCUCUGCGUGAAGCCGGACAUCAGCGUCUACCGGAUCCCGCCGCGGGCCUCUAACCGGGCCUACAGGGCAUCAGACUGGAAGCUGGACCAGCCAGACUGGACGGGUCGCCUCCGCAUCACUUCCAAGGGGAAGGUGGCCUACAUCAAGCUGGAGGACAAAGUGUCCGGGGAGCUGUUUGCCCAGGCCCCAGUGGACCAAUACCCUGGCAUCGCCGUCGAGACCGUGACAGACUCCAGCCGCUACUUCGUCAUCCGGAUCCAGGACGGCACCGGCCGCAGCGCCUUCAUCGGCAUCGGCUUCAGCGACCGUGGCGACGCCUUCGACUUCAACGUCUCUCUGCAGGACCACUUCAAGUGGGUGAAGCAGGAGUCGGAGAUCUCCCGGGAAGCUGAGAAGCCCGACACCCACCCCAAGCUGGACCUGGGCUUCAAGGAGGGGGAGACCAUCAAGCUUAGUAUCGGGAACAUCACCACGAAGAAGGGGGGCCCCGCCAAGCCUCGGCCCGUGGGAGCCGGGGGUCUGAGCCUUCUGCCACCCCCGCCCGGGGGCAAGAUCUCCAUCCCGCCCCCUGCUUCCUCCGUGGCCAUCUGCAACCAUGUCACCCCACCCCCUGUCCAGACGUCCAGCCAGGGCGGGGGCGAGGCAGGUACACCAGCCGCCGGCUCCUGGGGGGAGACGGGUCAGAGGGACAUCCUGCUGGACCUCGAUGCUCCAGCCCCGUCCACCAAAGCUCCAGCCGCCAUUCCUGCAGCCCCGGACCUCUGGGGUGGCUUCAGCACAGCUGCCAGCCCUCUUCCCAGUCAGGCACCUGAACCGUCCGGCUGGGUCCAGUUCUGAGCUGCGGCCGGGGCAGCUGGGAUCUGACGUCGUGACCAAGAGGCUCUGCCAGCCAGUGCUGGGGAGGGAGAGAGAGCCGCCCGCUCCCCCGUCCCUCGCCCCCUCCAGACCCGGGACCACCAUUUUACCAGCUUGUCUGUCUGUCCAAGCAUCUCCCCCUGCGUCCAGCGUCUCUCCCCACCGCCCUGGGGCCCCGUGUGGGUGGGGUCCAGGGUGGGGGCACAAUCAGUCAUCUCUACCCCUCCCCCAUCCUCCAUUGUUUCCGUAAUUUAUUCCUGGAUUCUUUUUGGACUCCACAGAGCUUGGGGUGGGACCUGACCUCAGACUGGGUAUGUCAGGGCUGAGGUGCCACUGCCCUCCCUCAGACCCCCUUUCUGAGCAGGUCCAGGCUCUGAGGCUACAGAUUCCAGUGGGGCAAAGGGGCAUCCUUGGCCCCGCCUUGAUCUGGGGACUGAACCUCUCCCCUUCUAUGUUUACAGACCCAGCCCUGUCCUCAUCCAGCAAGGAGGUUCAGUCCCAAGCCUCCCGCUCUUCUUCUAUCCCCUUUACGUCCCCAAUCCGCCUCUGUGUCCUGAGGGUCACAAGGGGUAUGGAAGCCCCAGUGGCUUAGCAUUUCUCCAGCCCUGCCCCCCACCCCCGUUGCUACACAGGAUUCUCCAGUGUGUCAUUCUGCGGUUGGGGGCUGUCGCAGAGAGCGCUCCUGGCUCUGAAAUGGCGACGGAGGUGUCCUUAUCCCCCAGCUUGGCUGGCUGGUCAUUUUUCCCUCAGCCCAGGCAACUCCUGUUCUCCCUGGUGUCCCUCUGAGCAAAGUCUGAGCCCCCCCCACACAAGAUGCUGACAAACAAGUUCCCGUUCUCUGCCCACUCAGCUGCCAGUGACACUGGGUCUGUUCCUGGUGGUGCCGCCCUGCCUGCCUCUGCCCACCCCCAGAAACACUACAGCCAGAAGCUCCCCGUUCCCUCAUUUCCCACCCCCCGUGUUCUGUCUUCAAGUCCACACCCCCCCCACCCCCAGAUGAUAAUAUAUUCUGUAUUGGAACUGCUGCAACAGGGACAAUGAAGUCAAAUAUCUGUAUAUAAAGCAUAAGCUGUAUUGGUGCAAUAAAGUCAAUGAAGCCGAGAGAAAA